AUGUCACCCUCUAAAGAGCCAACAGUGAGCGAGCUUCCAGCUCCUGAGCCGGAGCACUGUCCUGGACCGGAGUCAGAAAAAGCCGGUCAAGAUGAAGCCUGUGUUGGAUGUGCCAACAAAGAGAUAUGUGAAUCAUUGCCUAAAGGACCAGAUCCAGAUCUACCAGAAAUCAACAAGAGGUUAAAUAUGAUAGAUCAUAAAAUCCUUGUACUCAGCGGCAAAGGAGGAGUGGGAAAAUCCACUUUCACAUCUAUGCUUUCAUGGGCACUUGCAGCAGAUGAUCAAUUAGAAGUUGGGGCUAUGGAUUUAGAUAUAUGUGGACCGUCAUUACCUCGAAUGUUGGGAGCAGAAGGUGAAUCUAUCCAUCAAUCCAAUUCUGGUUGGACCCCUGUUUAUGUAGCUGACAACUUGGGACUAAUGAGCAUUCUGUUUAUGUUACCUGAUCCGGACUCUGCUAUUAUAUGGCGAGGGAGUAAGAAGAAUGGACUCAUUAAGCAGUUUUUAAAGGAUGUUGAUUGGGGUGAUCGCUUAGACUAUUUGGUAGUGGAUACACCUCCAGGUACCUCGGAUGAACAUCUUUCUGUGACCACGUAUAUGAAAGAAGUAGGUAUUGAUGGAGCCUUGAUUGUUACAACACCUCAAGAAGUGGCCCUAUUAGAUGUUAGAAAGGAAAUUGACUUUUGUCGGAAGGCAGGCAUCAAAAUCCUUGGAUUGGUGGAAAAUAUGUCUGGAUUUGUAUGUCCGAAUUGUCAAGGAGAAUCUCAAAUCUUUAAGCCCACAACUGGUGGGGGGGAAAGUUUAUGUACGGAAUUGGGUAUUGAAUUCUUGGGGCUGGUACCUUUAGAUCCUCGUAUAGGUAAAUGCUGUGAUUCGGGCCAAUGUUUCUUUGAUGAUUAUGGCGAUUCUCCAGCUGCUGAAGCCAUUUUGGAUGUGGUUGAUAAGUUGAGAGAUCAAGUUGAAUUAUCAUUGGGAGAUUUGUCAUUAAAGGGAUAA